GGCGGGGUUUCAGAAGGAGAUGGCCGAGAACCCCACCUUUGGAGACAAAGACAGAUUCCUGACACAGCAGAGGCGAGGUCCAAGGCUGGGGACCUGGCUCAGGAGUCUACCUGCAGGAGCGUCAUGUGAAGCCAUGACACCGAGGCAGCCGUUUGUGAUCCUGAGGGAAGAUGUAAUCAGCCUACUGAUGCCAGAGGAGAAAGCUGGAAAUACUGGAGUUAUCGGUGCCAUCAGCCCUAUGCUGACUUCUAACUGGAGGAGACCCUCUCCCAACCAUGGUGCUAGGGAUCAAACCCAGAACUUCACAAAUGAUGACAGCAUGCUACCAACCGAACUACACACUCAGCCUCUCCCAACGAAAUUCUCCUAACCAGAUGUCAAGGACUAGAAAGAGAUCUUGUGAAAUGUAUUGUAUUCUUUUCUAUGACUUCUCUUAAGUCAAAUGCCACUAGCUACUUUGUUGAUAGAACGUCUGCCAUUGCUGUAUAUAUUUCGGCCUUGUGUUAUGCUGACAAACAGCUCUGUCCCUAAGAAGAGAAUGGAAGCCCAUGCUGGUGAAAUCUUUUUCAAGUGAUGACUACCUUAGGAGUCAGAAUUUUUAUGGCCAUGAAAACCAGCACCUGGGCUCCUCCUGAGGGAUUUUUUUUCCGGUGGGGGUGAUGUAUGUCUGAGAAAGCAGAAAUAGUUUUUAGAAAGGCCUGUCCUAGUACGAAAUGGAAAUAAAACGUAGAAAGG